AUGGAUUCGGCUAGAGGGCGCCAAGAAAUGAAGGAUCUGAAGUUGUGUGAGAGGCUAGUGAAUACACUGGGUGGUGAUGGUCCACAAAGAGUUGUGCUGACUGGGAGAUCCGGAAUCGGCAAGACGAGACUGGCAAGGAAGGUAGGCAAACAUGCAACUAAGAAAGGCCUCUGCUACUUGGCUCUGUGGUUGCAUCUCAACAACAAGUUUGAAGAUGAAUCGUCGCUUUAUCAGAACAUAGCUUUCCAGAUUGAAGUGUAUGAUACAGAGGGGAAGGAGGCCAAGAAAUCGGAAGACUUUUUAAAGGCUUUGAAGGAGAAGAUAAAUGCAGAGCUCAGCAGAAGGAAGAGAUCAGCUGAGAAAAAAAUGAAGAUGUUGAUGACUGAGAAAAAUGCUAAGAAGUUGGCUCAAGGAGAGAAGAAACACACGCCAUCUGCUGUAGUGGUGCCCUAUCUUCUAUUGUACUCGACGAUGAAGGGUACAAGACCAGUGAAGAUAAGAGAAGAUGAUGAGAACACUAGAGAGUGUGAUGAAGAAAUUGAGCCACAAGAUACAAACAGUGAGGUGAAAUUUAAGCCCGAUGACACGGAGUUCCAUGAUACAAAGAGCGGAGAGGUAACUGAGCUACAUAAUACAAGGAGUGAGGAGGUAACUGAGACUCAUACAACACACGAGACGCAUGCUGGAACAAAGCGUGACGGGGAAAUUGAGUUCCAUACCACAGAUGAGUCUCAGGCUUUACAUGAAACCCUUUCUAUGGAUCAUUUACAGGAUCUAUUUGAGUCCCUUAUUAAUGAUGAGGCAAGGCAUUUGCUAGAGUGCCUACAGAAAGAUUGGAAGAUUGAUGAGGCAUUGACAUCUUCUGUGGUGCGAAAAAGUAUGAGUUUGCCCGCCGCAAUAGUCAUGUUUGCCAAGUCCUUAAACUGCAUUACUAACACUUUCAAGAGUUUUCCUCCAAAAGCGAAGGAGAUUUUAAAAGAAGUUUUAUUUCCCUGUGGGCCAGCCGAUACAGAUGGUGGUUCUAGGAGCAUUGUGGCACAGCACAAUCCUAUUCUACAUCUUGCUUAUGCGCUGCUAGACACGAGUCAUACAUCAAAGAGUGUCAUCGUUGAUUGUUUUUGGCAUAGCCUGGACUUUUUCAAGCACAACGGUUGUGUUGAUUACAACCACCUGAUCACACAAUGGAUGCUUGAAGGCUACUUUGAUCCUGUUCGAUCUGUUAAGAAGGCCUAUAAUGAUGGUCAUGAUAUCUUGGUGGAGCUUAUAAACCGCGGUAUUCUGAAGACACAAGAGGAUGAUAUGGUUAUACCUGAGAUGGCAAUGAGCAAUUUAACCGAUCUUCGGCAACUUGGGCUCUUAGGCAGAUCUUGGCUCCCAUUUGCUAGUGGUGACCAGAAAAAAUCUCUAGGUAAAAUCAUCCAGAUAGAUGAUAUGAUAAAAACAGUGCAAACAACUAGUGAAGAAGACAUAUGUACUAUCUUGGUAAGUGGAAAUCGCCUGCGCCGCGAAAGACCUCAUAUGUUUCUCGAGAAGAUGUUCAAUCUCGAAGUUCUUGGUCUUUUCACUCCCACAUUGGAACCUCUUAUCCCGUCCGUAACGAAUCUACAAAAACUUCGAAUUCUUGUGAUCAGGGACUCUGAUCUACUCUCAGAUAUCGACGAGCUUUGUUGUCUACGUAGACUAACCGUUCUUGAAGUUUCCGGCGCUAGCUCCUUGACAGCUAUCUCUGAUAAGUUCUUUCUUGAAUUGACCCAACUACAAAGUCUUAACCUCUCCGGACUUCGGAUCAAAUUUUUACCUUCCAGCAUUUCUCAACUGAGUAAUCUUAGCUGUCUCAUCCUCAGGGACUGUCCUGUAUUGGAAGAUUUGCCUGACAUACAGAGUUUAAAGAAGCUCGAGGUGGUCGACAUCAAUGGUGCACGCAUGCUAAAAUCUUGCUUGGGCAUGAAGGAAAACACAAGCAGAAACAGAACCUUUUGUCAUCUUCAACAGCUUCAACUCCUUGACCUUUCAGAAAGCAAAAUAAGACGGCUUCCCUUAUUUCAUGAUGCUGCGGUGGGUGAAAAGCUUCGCUCCUUGAGGCGGCUCUCAUUGCACAACUGUAGCAAUUUGAUAAGAUUGCCCAAUCUCAAACCCUUGUCGGGCCUCCAAAUUCUAGAUCUUUCUGGUACUACCAGCUUACUGGAAAUAACGGAAGUCUGCUUCGAGCAGAAAGAGAAACUCAAAAUUCUUAAUCUUUCAGGCACAAAGAUUACUAAAGUUCCGUCCACCAUCUCAGGGUUAUCUAGUCUCAGUCAACUCCUCCUAAGGGACAUCCCCAACCUAGAAGCUCUCCCAAACAUCAAGAGACUCACGAGUCUUGAAGUCUUUGAUGUGUCCGGGUGUACUAAGUUGCAUAAAAUUGAGGGAUCCUUUCAGGAUAUGCCUUACCUGCGGGAAGUUAAUCUCUCUGGCACCAGAAUAGAAACCUUACCAGAGUUGCCAGAGACAAGCAACAUUUGCUGUUCAAAGCUCCUUAUUCAGGCAGAUUCAAGAAGUUUUGAAAAUGAUACUUGGGGCCAAGUAAAGGAAGCCGUAACAAAGGAGAUAUCUGAGAGUCUUAACACUUAUGACAAGGUCGAGAGAAUCCAUGAAAUCUCAAGAAAGGAGUCAGGGAUAGUGGAUGAACUUUGGGCUUUUCCUGGAAAGAAAGGUUUCCGCAGGGAACAUUUUUACAAAGGUCGUAUAUACAGGGAUGUCUAUAUGAACGCAAUACCAUUUGUUGAUAACAAAAGUUGUCAAGAAGUCCUAGAGAUCCAAGGAUCUAAUGGCGUGGAUCAAGAUAAGCAAACCUUAGCUAAAUCUGAGUUUGUAGCUUUUGUGGAGAAUAGCACCGCAAAUCUCUCAUCUAUCUUUCUUGAUUUGAAAUCAGUGAAAAGCUGUUGGCUUGAGAUGUGCGGGGACAUAGAAAUCCUUUUCUCUGGUGUCGAUGAGGAACGUCUCCGAGACCUGGAGACUUUGUCAAUAACGAAUCUUCAAAAGUUGAAGAGUAUAUGCAGCAGCAGCUUCAAGAAUCUAAAGAAACUAAACCUAGAUUGCUGUCCGAGUAUUAUAACGCUUUUCAUGGACACAUCUCAGCUACCUAGCAGCCUAGAAGUUCUGAAAAUAAAGUUUUGUGAGAACCUGAAGACAGUGUUUGCUGAAGAAGUCGAACUGCCAAAACUGCACACACUGUGCCUUUUUGAGCUGCAUGUGCUAUCCAGGAUUGGUGCUACGCUGCCUAAUCUGGUGACAUACAAAGAAGAUAAAUGCCCAAAGCUGAAAAAUGCAAACUAA